AUGGAAAGUCUACAAAAUCAGAUUAUCUCAUUAGAACGAAUGGUUCAACAAAUUAGUGGCCAGCUCACCGAUCUUAAUCUGCAACAUACACAAUUGGAACGUAAACACUUCAUACUUUUAGAUGAAUUAAGAACUCUAAGAGUUGAGCGAUGCAGGGACGAGUAUGUUAAGCCUAGAAAUACCGCAGAGAGUAAACAACAGAAACGUUUAUUAACUCAAGGGCAGAAAGGGGACAAAGGUGAUAGAGGUGAACGGGGACCUAAAGGAAACCCAGGAACAUCGGGAUUUAACGGAGAUGAUGGAUUUAAUGGUGAUAAAGGGAUGAAAGGGGACAAAGGCAGCAUAGGCGCAAAGGGUGCACCAGGCCCUAAAGGAACGAAAGAGGCUUUUUCCUACAAGAAUAUUGACAGCAUAACUUUGGACAGAUCGCCUACUAUUUUGACGUUUAAUCGCACAGAUUUAAGUUCUACGGAAGGCUACGAUCCCAGUACAGGCAUAUUCCAAUGUACAGUUACCGGCACUUACGUCGUCACAUGGUCUAUAGAAGUGGAACAAAACUCAGCGGUACGGUCAUAUUUAUAUAGAAAUGGAAAGACAAUGAGCUUUCUAUCUGUAACUUCUCCACUAUUAUCGUCUAGCAGUGGUUCUCAGUUCAUCCUUCUACACCUUGACGAAAACGACAGACUCAAUAUUGAGGCACAGUCUAUUUUGAGAGAUCAAGGAAUCAUUACUCACUCUACAUUUGCAGCAUUUCUACUGUAG